AUGCAAUUGAUUAAAUUUAUUUAAUUUACCUCACUUUUACUGUUAGGCCUAGUUGUCUGCUAGUCAAGUACGUCAAGCACUUCUGGUGGAACUCCUUCUUGGGCUACUGCAUAAUAAGCUUAAAAUUAUAUGAAUUGUUCUCAAAAGCUAAUGUCUCCAACUUGCGCAUCUGGUUAAUCUCCUACUUGCACAUAAGCAAUAUCAACCUACGUUAGCUGCAUAACAUGUUCAUCAAACAAUAGCAGCUAUAGUGCAUUUAAAUCAUGUGUUCAAAAAUGUGGAAGUGAUUUUACUUCAGAUCCCACAGCUCAAAACGACAGCACAGUGGCUACAUUUGUAAAUGGAAUGAAUUAGUGUGUUGCUGCUGCAUACAGUACUUUAUUUGCAUUAUCUACUAUUUUAUUACUUAUGUUUACUCUAAUUUGA